AAUUGCAAGUAUAAAUAAAUUGUAAAGAUUUGAAAAAGAUACAGAAACGGACACAGAUACGGUUAGCGUUGAGUUGAUAUUUAUAAGCAAUCUUAUCACGUGCCGGAAAUAAUCUCUCUGCAUGGUAGCGACGUAGUCUCUAUAAACGCUGCUCAAGCACUUAGCCGUGGGACUUACCGGUCGACUGUUGUCAAGUGUAGACAUCACCGAGAAGAAAAUGGCAAAGCAAGUCCAAAUUAAAUAUACCCAACUAUUCAUUGAUAAUGAAUUUGUGGAUGCUGUGAGUGGUCGUAAAUUUCCCACAAUAAAUCCUACCAAUGGUAAAGUCAUCGCUGAAAUCUCCGAAGGAGAUAAGGCUGAUGUAGAUAAAGCAGUGGAAGCUGCUAAACGGGCCUUUAAUAGAAAUUCGGAAUGGCGUACGAUGAAUCCAUAUGUCCGUGGACAACUCAUGCACAAGUUCGCAGAUCUCGUUACACGCGAUUUAGAUUAUAUCGCUACUCUCGAUACUCUUGAUAAUGGAAAAACGUAUGCAAGUGCUGUUGAGGAUAUUCGAUUUGGUAUUGCUGUUCUUCGUUAUUAUGCAGGCUGGUGUGAUAAGAUACUUGGAACUACUAUUCCGACAGGCGACACUAGCGUUACAUUGACACGAAAAGAGCCAGUCGGCGUUGUAGGACAAAUCAUCCCUUGGAAUUAUCCGUUCGUAAUGUUGGCUUGGAAAUGGGGCCCUGCAUUGGCUACUGGAUGUACUGUGGUCUUGAAGCCAGCGGAGCAAACACCUUUGUCCGCGCUUUACGCAGCCGCCCUGGCUAAGGAGGCAGGAUUUCCAGCCGGUGUCGUAAAUGUCAUUCCAGGUUACGGUCCAACUGCUGGCGCAGCUAUUGCUGAACAUCCAGAAAUUCGUAAAGUUGCUUUUACCGGAUCCACCGAGGUCGGACAUGCCAUAAUGGUAGCUGCUGGUAAAAGUAAUCUUAAGCGUGUCAGCCUUGAAUUAGGUGGCAAGAGCCCGCUCGUUGUUUUCGACGAUGUUGACGUGAAAGAAGCUGCAAAAAUUGCGUACAAUGCGAUAUUUGCGAAUCAUGGGCAAAACUGUUGCGCGGGAUCGCGAACAUUUGUACAUUCUAAGAUAUACGACGAAUUCGUGAAGCAUGCUAAACAGCUGGCGCUCGAUAGGAAAGUGGGAGAUCCAUUUGAUUCUAAAACCGAUCAAGGCCCGCAGAUCGAUCAAGAGAUGUUAGACAAGGUCCUGGGCUUAAUCAAUUCCGGCAAACAACAGGGCGCUGUUGUGGAAGCCGGUGGAAAUCGCAAAGGUGACACCGGUUAUUUUGUACAACCUACAGUCUUUUCAAAUGUAACCGAUGAUAUGAGGAUUGCCAAAGAAGAAAUUUUUGGUCCGGUUCAAACAAUCCUGAAAUUUGAUACCAUGAAUGAAGUAAUUGAACGUGCGAAUCGCACUAACUAUGGUCUUGCUGCUGGUGUAAUUACCAAAGAUAUUAAUAAAGCUUUGGAAUUUGCCCAGGCCGUAGAAGCGGGUAGCGUUUGGGUAAACUUUUACGAUGCUGUCGCACCCCAAACACCAUUUGGCGGUUUCAAACAAUCUGGCACAGGACGUGAAUUGGGAGAAGAAGGCUUGAAAGAAUAUCUCGAGAUCAAAACAGUCUCCAUCAAUGUCACAAAAGGAAAUUAAUACUCGAGUUAUGCAUGGAUAUAUAAGCUCUUAAUUUUCAUUAUAAUUUUGUUGAAAAUGUCUUAAAUAAAACUUUUGUAAAAGAAUAUUAAAGUGAUAUAUGUAAUGAGAUAUAUUAUUCAUGAUAUUAAAGUUUGGGAACCAAUGUA